UGUCUGCUGUGUUUACCGUUAUUUUAGUUAUAGAGAAAGUUUAGAAUUUAUAUUCUCUUUACUCAUUAUAAGUAAUAAAAUAAGAUAAAAAUAUGUGUGAAAAGACCAAAAAGAAAGUGUCUAAUAAUUCUAGUAUUAAAGGUUGGUGGACCCUGUUUGGUGUUAUAUGUGCGGCUACCUUUUUGACCCGAUUUUAUAAAGUAUUGGAACCAGAUCAUGUUUGUUGGGAUGAGACUCACUUUGGUAAAAUGGCUAGUUGGUACAUAAAUAGAACAUUCUUCUUUGAUGUUCAUCCACCACUGGGAAAGAUGUUAAUAGCACUCUCGGGGAAACUGUCAGGCUAUGAUGGUAAAUAUCCUUUUGAAAAACCUGGUGACAAAUAUAAUGGUACAAGAUAUGAAGGAAUGAGAAUUUUUUGUACUACAUUAGGAGCGUUAACAGUACCAAUAACCUUUUUGUCAAUUUGGGAGAUGACACAGUCUGUGGAAGCUACAUUUGUUGGUACCAUUCUAUUGUUAUGUGAUGUUGGAUAUUUAACUCUGAACAGAUAUAUUCUUUUAGACCCUAUUCUACUAUUUUUUAUGAGCUGUGCUAUUUAUGGAGCUUUUAAGGUGAGAACAUUAACAGAUUCAGGUCAGCCGCCAUAUUCCACUCGUAUGUUGUCAUGGCAACUGUUCCUGGGGUGGUCUCUAGCAUGCACAAUGUCUGUUAAGUUUGUCGGCUUGUUCCUCGUGUUGUUUGUUGGUCUGCGCACAAUCGCAGAUCUAUGGAAUAUUCUAGGCGAUCUAACUAAACCAGUGACCUUAACAUUGAAACAUUUGAUUGGACGGACCUUUACAUUAAUUCUCUGGCCUAUUGUACUUUAUGUGUUCUUUUUCUGGAUUCAUCUCACAGUGCUAAGCAAAAGUGGCAACGGCGACGGUUUCUACUCGUCGGGUUUCCAGGCGCGUCUGGAGGGCAACAGUUUGCACAACGCGAGUGCGCCGCGGCUGGUGGCAUACGGCGCUCUCGUCACACUCAAGAACCACCGGACUGGUGGCGGCUACCUGCACUCUCACCACCAUCUCUACCCCGCAGGAGUGGGGGCUCGACAGCAGCAGAUAACAACGUACACACAUAAAGAUGAUAACAACCGGUGGGUGGUGAAACCCUACGACCGGGAAGCUGUGUCUGGUGGCGCAGUGGCAGUGCGUAGCGGCGACCUGGUGCGCCUCACGCACGCCGCCACUGGUCGCAACCUGCACUCGCACCGGGAACGAGCACCUCUCUCACACAAGUACCUACAAGUCACGGGGUAUGGAGAGGAUGGUGUAGGAGAUGCCAACGAUGUAUGGAAGAUUUUAAUCUCCGGAGGGAAAGAUGGGGAAGAAGUACAAACUGUGCGGAGCAAGUUGAUGUUUGUACAUUAUUUACAAACAUGUGUAUUGACGACAACUGGCAAACAGCUGCCGAAGUGGGGCUACGAACAACAAGAGGUGGCAUGUAAUCCCAACUUAAGGGACAAGCACGCACUUUGGAAUGUUGAAGACAACUUGUUUGAUGACUUACCCAAGGUAAGUUUUGAUGCGUACGCGUCUGGAUUCUUGGAACGUUUCAUAGAAUCGCACGCAGUUAUGUUCCAAGGCAACUCUGGUCUCAAGCCAAAGGAGGGGGAGGUGACAUCACAACCCUGGCAGUGGCCUAUCAAUUACAGGGGUCAAUUUUUCUCUGGCAGUGGCCACAGAGUAUAUUUGCUUGGCAACCCUGUAGUCUGGUGGAGCAACCUUAUUUUCUUGGUGGUUUUCUUUUUUAUCUACAUCAUUAAUUCUAUCAGAGAGAAGAGAGCACAGGCUUUUGGCAUUCCUGUUCAAGAUGGGGGUGAUGUGGGUGGACGUUUGUUGAACGCUGCGGGGUGGAGUUUCGUGGGGUGGGCGCUACACUACGUGCCCUUCUGGGCGAUGGGUCGUGUCCUCUACUUCCACCAUUACUUCCCUGCACUAGUCUUCAGCUCUAUGCUCACAGGUAUAUUAACAGAAUAUCUGUUACGUAGCAUCAAGAGUUACCUGAGUCCCGAGCUGGGGCGGAGCGUGUACCAGUGCGCGAUGGGCCUCGUCAUCUCCACUACGGUGUACAGCUUCUAUCUGUUCUCUCCACUAGCGUACGGCAUGACCGGACCUUUAGCGCACGAGCCCAACUCCACUAUGUCCGGCUUAAAGUGGCUCGAGUCUUGGGAGUUUUAACCAUAGAUACAUUCUGACCACAGACCUAUAUUUCUUACAUGUUUGACGUCUAUCGAGAUUUUUUGAAAUGGCAUUUUGUAUUGUAAAUAAGAACACUAAAGAACUUCGGAGACUUUUUUUCGCAUAAUUUUAGUACUCUGGAUUACGUAUCUAUAAAUUAAAUAUCUAUGGUUUUAAGUACUGUCAACAUAUCUGCAUAAAAACAUGUCUCUGGUAUUACAAAUGAGAUUGAAUAUUUUGUACUGAUGUUUUAACAAAUGAAUUCAUGGUUUUGUUAUAG